AUGCUUGAAUCCACCAUGGAGAAUCGGGGAGAUUUCAGCGCGGAUAUGCCAGUGCAGCUUCCUCCCACCAUUGACCCAGUGCAUGAGCACUACCCGUUCUGCAUUGUUUGGUCGCCUAUUCCGAUCCUGACGUGGUUUCUGCCGUUCGUGGGCCACAUCGGGGUAUGCGACAGCCAGGGCCGCAUCUAUGACUUCCAAGAAUCGUACCGCAUUGGACAAGACCGCAUGCUGUUCGGCAACCCGGUCAAGUACUGGGACAUCUCACGCGACUGCAUCCCGUCCUUUUACAACCCCGACCCGCACAACUCGCAAGAGAGAUGGGCAGCGGUGCACCGUGAGGUGGAGGCGUACGAUGCGGCAGUCGCGUCCGCCACCAACCACUUCCGCCAGGCAGAGACUUACAACUUCUUCGCAAACAACUGCCACGCUUUCGUGGCCGCAGCGCUGAAUAGGAGCCAAUUUCAGAAGGAGCACACGGGGACGGCGAGCCUCGCGAUUGGUAUGAUGCUGCAGGGCCGCUACGUCAGCCUCAGACGCUUCAUGAAGGCACACCUACCGUCUAUCCUGCUCGUGUUCGCCAUCCUCAUUCUCAGUAUUAUGCUGUAA